CAGUGUGAGGGCGACGGGUGAGCCGGGAGCGCCGUACCUGUCCUCCAUUUCUGGAUCCAAAAAGCGUUAAUUAUUUUGUGUGUGAUCCAAUGGAGGCAGCUGUAUUGAACCCCUCGAUCAUGACGGAGGUGGACUGCAACAGCAACACCCUGAACGCGGAGCUGGAGGUGAAGAAGCUGCAGGAGCUGGUCCGAAAACUGGAGAGGCAGAAUGAGCAGCUGCGGACCCGGGCGAGCGGCUUCUCAAGCGGCCCACAUGUGCUGUCUCUACCUCCUGGAUGCGUCGGGGGAUACUGCCUUCCCAGCCCGCCUCCAACCCUGCUAUGCCAGACGUCCUUGGGGUCAUUGGCGCUCCCACCGGAGGAGCCUUUCGACUAUCUCCACCCGCACACAGCCGGAGAUGGAGAGGCUGCUGCGGGGGAGGAGGAGGAGGAAGAUGAGGAGGACGAGUCGGAGCUGUCGGUGCUGGAUGAGCUGGAGCUUUUGGAUUUGGAUUCGCUAUCAUGCUCAGAGGAGGCUGAAGAAUCAUGGUUGUAUACAUCGCCAAAAGCCAUAGAGUCCCCAGAUAACUGCCUCACACCUCAGCAGUGGUGCCGGCAGGUCCUGGACUGUCCCAAAUCAGAGGUGGAAGCAGCGAGGAGAUCGCUAUCUCUCCGACUGGAACAAGUUUCCAGGUGGCGUAGCUCACUGUCCAGCCCCUCUCACUCCUCCUCCCCCGGUCCUCCCUUGAGUCGAGUAGCUGGGGUGUCACCCAUCAGCGCCUCCCCUUCAGCCAAACCCUGUUCCACUCCCCAGUCGUCCGAAAGACACGCUCCAUCCUUCUCCUCCCCGCUCCACCUGAUGCUCCACCGGACGUUGAGCCCUGUGGGGAAGGAGUUCUCCCCCGUAGCCGAGAGGACUCCCACGUUCCUCUCUAACCUAGCCAACCGCAGCCGCAGUCUCCGGCGCUCCGCCCUCAGUCCACAGUCAUCCAUGGACAGUGACCUCGGUGCUUCAGAGGCAGAGGACGACUCCAUCACUCUGGGAUACAAACUGCAAGACCUCACAGACGUCCAGGUUAUGGCCCGGCUGCAAGAGGAGAGUCUAAGGCAGGACUACGCCAGCACGACGUCCAUCCUGGCCAACCGCCGCAGCCAGAGCUUCUCCUUCCAGCUCAGCCAGCUCAGCGCUGGCCCCGACCUGGAGGAGGAAGACGAGGAGGACGACGAAGACUACGGCCUCCUGCCCCCUCCGCAGCCACGCCUCACCCGUCUGCCUCAUUCCCACACCUUCGCCAGCAUUCGAGACUGGCGAAGAAGCACCAGCUCCCUGUCCACCCCUCCUUCCACCCCAUCCACAUCCCCGUACCCAUCCGCCGGGUUCGCUUUGCAACCUCAGGCCCACACCCAGCUCCAGGGUCUGGGACUGGGCAGCCCCUGCGCAGCCGACCUGCAGGGAUUCAGACCAGGAUCAGCCGAAUAUGAGAAUAAGCUGCGGAGGAGCAUGCCUAACCUUGUCAGAGCUCCCAGCAUGCCAAGUGUGCCCAUUCCAACCAAUCCUAGUGCUUCCCCUUCUUUGCUUCGUAACAGCCAGAGCUUUGAUUCGUCCAGCGGUCUGGCUCGCCUGCAGUCCUCCAUACCCUCCCCAGGCCAACUGCAAAACAGAGUCCAGAGCGUGGGGAACUUUUCCUCGUUGUCACGGCAACCCCUAAAAGCCACCGCCUACGUAAGUCCCACCAUCAAAGGCUCGGCCACCAUGCCGAUGUCCACCAGCCUCCAGUCGCUAAACUGCAGCAGUGGGAGUAACAGCGGGAUCCCCAUGCUCAGUAAAUCACCUGGCGGAGGGGCGAUGCCCACCUCAGCCCCGGGCACGCCUCGCAGCAGCCUGCCCCGCCCCACCUCCUUCAUUGGCACCCCAAGCCCCACCCCCCGCAGCAAAGCAGCCCAACCAGCGCGCAGUUUACUGACACCUCCAAAGAGCUUGUCCACCUUCAGUGCCCUUCGUGACAGCACCUGGAGAGAUGGCUGCUACUGACGAAUGGAUGAACUGGUGCAGUAGUGCAGUGGCACCCCGCUGGCUGGGGUAACUCACUACACCUCAACAUCAAAGUUUUCAUCGGGGACCCUGAAUGGGUUUGACCAAAAAGUAACUGUCAAGGUGACCUUAAAUCUGAUACCCUGCAUAGAAUAGUUCAAAUGUUACCCAAACGGACCACAGUUGAGGGGUCUCCACAUGAACUGAUCUCUCGCAUCAUCCAUUCGAUUCUAUGCAGAAUUUCUUCGGAGAAGGCGGGUUGUUUUUUUUGGAUGGGGGGGGGGGGGUUUCUGGUUACGAGUGUGUGAGUUUGGUCUGUGCCAAGUUGCUCUUGUGCAAUAAACCACUGGCUGUAGGGUACCAGUACUACUAACCUGCUAAAGAGGGCUGCCAGUUUUUAUGAAAUGAGCCUCACAAUACUAUAUUUAUUUAUAUAUUUAUUUUGAAUAAAUGUUUUGACUAAUCACGUUUUCCCUCUGCGCCAACAAUGCUGCUAAAAUUGAAUCAGUCCCUGUUAGAUUGGGCACAUUUGGUCUAAUUUUUACAAGCAUUAAAGUAUGUAUUGAUGUACAAAGCUAACUAUUAAGUGUGCAUACAUAUAAAUAUAUAUUGAUGCAAUAUUAUUGAAUUUUAAAUGUGAAUCUUGACCAAAAUGAAAAGUCUGAAUGUGUUUACAAAGUUGUCUCACCAUGGCGUCACAAAACGUUGUUGUAUAUUAACACUUUAAAAUUGUUUAACGACCUAUAAGGGAUCUAUUCAUGUUGCACUUUGUAUAAAUCUCGAUUUCUGUUUACUAAUGAUUGCACUUCCUUUUACAUUUGACCUUCUUCUAUAUAAAAUGUAUUGUUAAUUAGUUUUUUGAAGAUGUCAGUUAAACACGGCAUAAUGUAGCACUCUGUUUUUAAUUGACCGUUAUCAUGGCACAUUUCACAAAAUCCGGACACUUUGUUACUGUGAUUGACUGAAUGAGUGAAACAUUUUAA